AUGAUUGACGACAGAAAUGUAUACCUCUUUUUCAAGGGAAGUGAGUUUGUAUUAGGAACUCACUCAUUUGUUGGUAUCAGUGGUAUCGAUGAAAGUACUUUCGGCGCACGCUUGUACGUGACGUCAGUCGAGCCAAGACGGUUUGCGUUGUCGGUCGGUGUGUACACUCUUUUCGCGACGCAUCGCCAUGUUUUCGGUGAUUUGUUACAUUUGAUUCAGCAUCAACGGCACGUGACUGCUGCAAAGUAUGUGGAACAUCACUUAACGUUCACUAUAGAUCAACCGUACUUGCUGUGCCCUAGCAAUCCAAUGAGCACUGCAUUGUACUUGCCGUAUCCUUGCAAUCCAAUGAGCGCUGCAUUGGUGAGUUUAUAAUUAAGUUAUAUGAUUCGGUUAAAUGUUUUAUCACCUUUUACCUGCAUGUUGCAAUAUCCCGCGAAUUUGGGGGCCCGUAUAUAUUUCACUUACUAGUAAUAUAGAAAAUGGAUCAUAUGGCGGAAAACCUUUGUGUAAUGUUCAAUUUUUUUUUUCGGAUUUUGAUUACGCAAGAGGGGUAUUGUUAAUUUCUUACAUUUAUUUCGAAAUAAUUUUCUUAGAUGGGGAAUUUAAUUCUGUAUCUCCCUGUAUAGAAAUUUAUUGCGAGAAAAGUCCGUAACGCGAGUUAUAUUGAAAGUUGUGUGUGUGUGUGCGCCGUAGUACUCGUUGCGCCAGGAAUUGGUGGUUUUUUUCGUAUAACACGCGAACGCGGUGUUACAUUUUUUUCGAAAUAAUUUUCCUAGAUGGAGAAUUUAAUCCUGUAUCUCUCUGUAUAGAAAGUUAUUGCGAGAAAAUUCCGUAACGCGAGUUAUAUUACAACUUGUGUGUGUGCGCCGUAGUAUUCGUUGCGCUAGGCAUUGUAGUUUUUUUCGUAUAACACGCGAACGCGGGGUUACAAUUAGUUCGAAUUAAUUUUCCUAGAUGGAGAAUUUAAUUUUGUUUCUCUCUAUGUAGAAAGUUGUUGUGAGAAAAUUCUGUGACGCGAGUUAUAUUGAAAGUUGUGUGUGUGCGACGUAGUACUCGUUGCGCUAGGAAUUGUAGUUUUUUUUAGUAUAAUACACGAACGCGGUGUUACAUUUAUUUCGAAAUAAUUUUACUAGAUGUGAAAUUUAAUUCUAUAUCUCCCUGUAAAGAAAGUUAUUUGCGAGAAAAUUCCGCAACGCGAGUUAUAUUGCAAGUUGUGUGUGUGCGCCGUAGUACUCGUUGCGCUAGGAAUUGUAGUUUUUUUCGUAUAACAUGCGAACGCGGGGUUACAAUUAGUUCGAAUUAAUUUUCCUAGAUGGAGAAUUUAAUUUUGUUUCUCUCUGUGUACAAAGUUGUUGCGAGAAAAUUCCGUAACGCGAGAUAUAUUGCAAGUUGUGUGUGUGCGCCGUAGUAUUCGUUACGCUAGGAAUUGUAGUUUUUUUAGUAUAACACACGAACGCGGUGUUACAUUUAUUUCGAAAUAAAUUUUCGAGGUGGGGAAUUUAAUUCUGUAUCUCCCUGUAUCGAAAUUUAUUGCGAGAAAGUUCCGUAACGCGAGUUACAUUGCAAGUUGUGUAUUUGUGCCGUAGUACUCGUUGCGAUAGGAAUUGUAGUUUUUUUAGUAUAACACACGAACGCGGUGUUUCAUUUAUUUCGAAAUAAAUUUUCUAGGUGGGGAAUUUAAUUCUGUAUCUCCCUGUAUAGAAAUUUAUUGCGGGAAAAUAGUUGAUGCCAUCAUCAAAUGAUAAAUAUAUACACAAUAAAUUAAAAUGUAAGUGUUUUAUUCUUGUGGCACCUUUCUUACUCAACUUUUCGGAUGAUUUUCGGGUAAAGUCUUUGAAUGUAUGUUAAAUACCGUUGUUUCGGUAUAAAUUUCUCUCUUCAUGAAGUGAAUAUUGACCAUAUUUGUAGUAUUUAAAAUUUUCCUUUUGUAACACACACAUUUUAGUUUUUCCUAACAGUACAUAGUAAAUCGCUUUUAUUUGUGAGUUUUGAGUGUUGUUUUAAACUUGGGAUUUUCCUUCUGGAACACCCUGUAUGUUUGCUUUUCUUUGUGUCCGUGAAAAUUUUUCUUCAAUAGCGGUUUUAGGGCUAUCUUUUUGCACUGUUUUUUAACACCUUGUUUAUUAGUUUCCUGGAGCAUCGGAUGAACACGAGCAAUAUUUGUAGUGUUUAGAUGUUUUCCUCUUUGAUGGUUAAAUUUUCUAAUUGUGACACCUUGUAUAAUCCUUUUCCUUCACAUCCCUGAAAAUUUUGCUUUGACUGUUAUUAGAGUUUAACUUCUUGCACUUUGAAUUUUCUUUUGUCACACCCUGUAUAUUUGGUUCCAUUUUCCAUCACCUAGAAAAUGGGCAAUUUGCUAAUUUCUUUAUCCCGGUAGAAUAUUUUGACGUGUUACUUGCUUACAUGUACGCGACGAUGCAGGUCGAAAGAUCUGUGUCAAUAUGGCAGCAUGUAUUUUGUUGACUUGUAAAAUCUAAACCUGUAUUCUAUUGUUAAUAAAGCAAUAGCAAGAUA